AUGAAUAAGUCUCUUCUUGUGAUCUGUUUUGUAAUCGUUGCUGUUGCUCUGGCUCAGGACUCUUCUCGGAAAAGUCGAUUGUUCGAGGAGCGAAUCCGUACGCAGGAUCGUACCACCGCAGCACCAGCUACCGUAGACCAUCCGGAACAUCCUGAAGAAGGUCAUUAUGAGCCAGAAAACAAAAAACCAGAUCAUACUGAGUCACCGAAGACAUUGGAUAGCGGAGUGAUUGGCAGCAUGGACACAUUGAAAUCGCUCGCUAGGGUUCAACGGGAUCAAGCUGAAACCUUCCGUUUGUGGGCUUCUCAAUUCCAAGUGUUCAAAACCGACGUUAUGGCAUUCAUGGAGCAGACGAGCAAUGUUUUGCAGAAGAACGAUAAAAAGAUCAAAACACUGCAAAGAGUCGUCAGAAAGAUCGCUACGGAUAUUGACGAAUGA